CGCCGGAAGCGGCGGUGUGUGCGGGGCCCAAGAUGGCGGCGGGGAUGUACCUGGAGCACUACCUGGACAGUAUCGAGAACCUGCCGUUUGAAUUGCAAAGAAACUUCCAGCUCAUGCGAGACCUGGAUCAGAGGACGGAAGACCUCAAGUCAGAGAUCGAUAAGUUGGCCACGGAGUAUAUCAGCAACGCAAGGACUUUGUCUUCGGAGGAAAAACUGGGGCUUCUCAAGCAAAUCCAGGAGGCCUAUGGGAAAUGCAAGGAGUUUGGGGACGACAAGGUUCAGCUGGCUAUGCAGACCUACGAGAUGGUUGAUAAGCACAUCCGGCGGCUGGACACAGACCUCGCUCGCUUUGAAGCAGACCUGAAGGAGAAGCAGAUAGAGUCGAGUGACUAUGACAGUUCUUCCAGCAAGGGCAAGAAGAAGGGCCGAGCCCAAAAAGAGAAGAAAGCUGCCCGUGCUCGCUCUAAAGGAAAGAACUCUGAUGAGGAGGCACCAAAAACUGCCCAAAAGAAACUGAAGCUUGUCCGCACUAGCACAGAGUAUGGGAUGCCUUCAGUCACCUUUGGCAAUGUGCACCCUUCGGAUGUAUUGGAUAUGCCCGUGGACCCCAAUGAGCCUACUUACUGCCUCUGCCACCAGGUCUCCUAUGGGGAGAUGAUCGGCUGUGACAACCCAGACUGUUCCAUUGAAUGGUUUCAUUUUGCCUGUGUGGGUCUGACAACAAAACCAAGAGGAAAAUGGUUCUGCCCUCGCUGUUCUCAGGAGAGGAAGAAGAAGUAAAAUCCCGUGAGCCCUCAGUACUGCUGCAGGAGCUCUCUUCCCCCUGCCAGGGCCUCGUCCCAGCUCCCCCAGCCCUUGGGGCCUUGGCUGGGGGGAGCCUUGCCCUGUUUGUGGUUUGGGCCAUCCCUGGAAUGGUGUGUACCCUCACGGCGGUUUCUGUGUGUUCUGUACCCCUGGUUGCUUCCGAAUCCCUAAGAGAGGCCCUCUCUCUGUACUAUUCCAAACAGGUCUCUGAACCUCAAAGGGAAUGAAUGAGGGCACCAGGGUAGCCACCAGAUUCCCAGGGAUUCAGGUAGCCCCUGAUUUUCCUUGGCUUUCCUUCAGCCUCCUCAGAGUUCAUUGCCUUCUCUCUGCUUAGAGAACAAGGCUAUGGGAUGGGGGAAGGAAAGGAGGUAAGUCUUUGGCACUUUAGGCCUUUGAUUUUCCUGGAUCUUUUUCAGGAUAGAGGGAGUAACCAGGCCACUUCUUAAUCUAGUGAGCUGGUUGAGAGACUGAAAACCUAAUGUACUCCCUGUCUUUAACCAUUCCACUGCGGGCAUUGAGCAGCCUCUCUUGUUGGGGAGAGGAGGAGGGAGUGUUUAGAGCUAGCACUGUCUCUCUUAUUCCUGGGGUAAACCUGCUGGUCUGGGAAGCGCAUUGUGUGAAGGAGGAAGAAUUUCUGACCACAUGGGGGGAAAAUGGCUUGAUGUAGCCUGUCUUCCGGCUCCAAAAUUCUGCCUUCCUUUUGUGCAGUGGUGCUUCUCCAUUAUGUUGAUGAUGCGAAGUUUGGGGAUUCAGAUCCCACUUGUAUAAUACAGAAUUAAAUAAAGCUCAUUGAAACAAA